AUGUCAAACUUAUUGUUGAUAAUAAUACGAGUGCAUUUUUUGUUUUUAAUUUUGAUAAAAAAUGUUUAUCUUGAUUUAUGGACUGAAAUGGAACGAAUGAAUGAUUUGCAACAAUGGCGAUCAUUGUGCGGUCGUUAUGCUGUAGCACAAGCUUAUAUGGAAGAUUCAAACGCUCGUAUAACUGUAUUCGCUCCAGUAAAUGAUGUUUUUACUUAUAAUCCCGAUCUUCGAGCGUUAAAUCAAAAAGAAACACUUUCACAUAUUGUUGAUACUCAAAUUUACGAAAUUGGCCAAGGAAAAAAAUGGGAUAAGCAGACGUUGAUUCGAAGUACAAUUAAUUCAGGCUUCAUUUAUAUAACGCAAUUUGAAAAUAGUCCAGGCAACUAUUCGUAUUUUGCCAACAAUGGAAUGUUAUGUAAUCACGCAUCUAAUCAAUGGGCUAUAAUAAGCGGUGAACAAUUUUUAUACAAAAUUUGUACACCAAUCGGUCAUCGGCCAUAUCCCUCAACAGCGUUAUCAUUUAUUCGAGACACAGAUCGGAGUAAUUUCUUUGAGCGGCGAUAUAACAAUUAUGAAUUAACGGAAUUGCGAGAUGUAUUAGAUCGAGCUCCAGAUAUUGCUUUAGCUAUUUUCGGUGCAUCAGCUUGGAACGGUUUUCACACAUUUUUUUUACCGACGAAUGAAGCUUUUUCUAAGGUGAUUGACCGAAAUCGUGUUGAUCGAGAAGUAAUUUUAGCUCAUGUAACUGGUAUUAAUCGAGUUCUUUUCACGUAUCCUUGGCUCUAUGAUCGAGGAAUUCAUCAUUAUCCAUCCAUUAGAUUCUCUGCGAAUAUUAUUGAAGAUAAUUAUAAGUUGAGAUUAUCUAUGAGAAAUAUCACUGAUCGCAGAACUGGAAGAUGGGACUUAUAUGUUGUAUCGGAAAUCUAUGAGCGCUAUAGUCAGUUUCGUCGUGGUGGAGUUUGGGCAAAAAUUCUUGUGCCUAAUAUUCCCGUUCAAAAUGGUGUUGUUCAUAUUGUCGAUAAUGUUCUCGGUAUUGUCAGCAAAACUAUCGACAUGUUGGUUAUGGACAAUUAUCGAUGUACGACAUUAAUGCGAUACAUAAAUAAUAUUGGACAGAUCGUUCGCAAUUAUUUUUCAGCAACUGGUGGUCUUGUAACAUUUUUCGCUCCCUAUAAUGAGGCAUUUGAACGUAUACCUGAAUAUAUUGAAAGGCGAUUAUUAAGAGAUCGAAUCUGGUUGGAACAGAUACUCAAACUUCAUAUUGUGCCAGCAAAGGAACUUACCAGUGAUGAAAUAACGAAUGAUACCAUGGUGAAUACGGUCGACAAUAGGCAAUAUCUAUAUUUCAUAAGAGGCGAAUGGCCUAGAAAUAAUAUCACGUAUUAUGUAGUUGGUGGUGGAAUACGGGCUGCUAUUAUACAAGAUAAUGUGGCUGCUACAAAUGGUAUCGUUCAUUAUAUAGAACGAGUUCUUGGCGUACCAUACCAAUCUUUAUUUGAAAUUCUUCGCAAUGAAUCUAGGCUGCAGCGCUCUUAUGAGAUGUUAAGCAAUUUGCAAUUGCAGUAUACUUUGAAUCCUUAUCAAGUUUUAACUCCUUUACAAAAUUUAACCUUUUUUGUACCAACAAAUGAAGCGUGGGAUCGUGUUCCAUCUUCACUGAGAUUUAAAAUGCUUGAUGGGAAUCACUGGUUAGCUCUGCAAUUUGUUUUCAAAAGGCAUAUAAUUCAAGGUCAAGCACUUAUGUAUGUUGACUUACGAGAAAGAACCUAUGUUAUGAUGAAUGACGAGAAAGUAGUUAUUCGAAGAACAGGCAGAUAUUUCGAACUAUAUUGGCCUCGUGGUAAUCGUGUUGCAAGAUUAAGAGAAGGUGGUGAGAUUGCUGGCAUUAAUGGUUUCAUGCAUUUAAUUGAAGACGUAUUGAUAUACGAACCGGAUUUACAAGCCGCCGCUGGAUAUGUGGAUUCUUCUGGAUUCUUAAUUUUAUUUUCAUUAAUCUUUUUGUACAUUUUUGAUAGAAAUUAUUUAAUAAUUUUAAUUUAUUUCGUCCAUAGGUGA